AACGAAUUGCAAUCACAAUCUUCAAGAUGGCUGUAGUGGGAUUUCGUGAAAAGAGGAAGUUGGCCCAAAGAGCAGACAUUUUUGUUAGAUUUGAGGCUAAAGAACGAUAUAACAAUAUAAGGCAAAUUUUAAAAAAAGAUCCCUCUCUGAGAAAUGACGAAGAACUCCAAAUGAUGGCAAACUCCCAAGAAAUAGUCCAAGAAAUCGAGAAGAGAUCUUGGCGACAAGAGCAAGCUAAGCGUCGAGUUGAAGAGGUGCUAGAUCCUCCAGACGUGUUAGAUCGAAAAACAACUGAAUUGGCCGAAGCGAUAGUUAGGGCAAAAUGUCUUGUUGUUUACACUGGUGCUGGAGUGAGUACGGCAGCUUCGAUUCCUGAUUACAGGGGCCCUGACGGAGUCUGGACUCGUCUUUCACGAGGAGAAAAUAUUGGCUCAUACAAUCUGACAGAUGCUGAUCCAACAUUAACGCAUAUGAGCAUUAUAAAGCUUUAUCAAGAAGGGAUGGUGAAACAUGUGGUGUCACAGAAUUGUGAUGGCCUGCAUGUCAGAAGUGGUCUUCCACCAAAAGCUUUGUCUGAGAUCCAUGGCAACAUGUUUGUUGAGGUGUGCACAGAAUGUGAAGAGGAGGACAAAAGUUAUUACCGUCUGUUUGAUGUGACAGAAAAUACAAGACUGAGGAGGCAUCAAACAAAUAGAAAUUGUCAUGAAUGUGGCUCACAGCUAAGAGACACCAUAGUUCAUUUCGGUGAAAAGGGUAACCUUCAUUGGCCUUUGAACUGGCAAGGAGCGAUAGACAAAGCAAAAAUGGCAGAUUGUAUUCUUUGUCUAGGAUCCAGCCUAAAGGUGCUAAAGAGGUAUCACGCUUUAUGGGGGAUGAGCAGAGUGAAGACAAGAAGACCCAGCCUUUACAUUGUUAACCUGCAGUGGACUCCAAAGGAUGAUCUUGCAGCACUAAAGAUCAGCGGUCGCUGUGAUGAUGUAAUGGAGAGAAUUAUGGCUAAACUGGGACUUGUUAUUCCUGACUAUAAAAGAUGUAAAGACUCUCUUUUCACUCUCUCAACGCCACUGAGGCCCCAUGAAUUGGACACUUUUAGCACCAAAUGCUUAACUGUGACAGUCCAGCAAUGUAAUGAGUCCCUUGAAUAUGUUAAAACUGAUUCUGUGGUAACUGAAGAACAUGAAUGUAAUAGCUGUGAGGACAAUAAUUCAUUUAGCUGUAAAACUGAGAAAGGUGUUCUCUCAAAUCCUAAACAUCCAGGUUGGUUUGGUAAAGGAUUAGCAAAGGUCAAGAGACCCAGAAAGAAAAGGAGGCUGAGAUGAUGAUUACUCAUCAGCACUUAAUUAUGGAAUCAUGCUGUUAGUAUUUCUAUACAAGAAUUUGUUUCAGUGGGAUACUUUUUGUGGUCGUCUAUUGAAUAGGCUUCUAAUGUACACAGAUGGCAAACGCAUAACAAGAGUGGAAAGUACUACACAGUGGUCAAACAUCUAGAUAUAGGCAAGAGUGCUAUUGACUUUGAGGUGGUCAGAACCAAGCUGUCUCAGAGGAGAUACAAAAAAACACACAAACCAGGAUGUCACACUGUUUUAAAACCAAUAAAGCUCAAAACAAAAUGACAAGUCAUCAGAAAAUCUGUUAUUUAUUAAGUUUUGGGUUUGAUACGUCUUGUUUUCUUUUUAUCUUCUUUUGUCUGCUUUAUCAGUCUCUGCGCACAUUUGCUUUUUUCACAAAUUUGUUUUGUUACAGCAGUUUCUUACAUUUUACAUUAGUGUGGCUGGCCACUUGUCCUUUUACCUCACAAAACUCAAAAACCACCAUUUGUUUGAUUCAGCACCAAUAAUUACAAUGUUCUAACACCUAAGGAAAUGAUCGACAUGCAAGAAGCCUAAUAAAUAAAUUAACACGGAUAGCCAAGUUCAAGUAAUACAUGAAAAACUAUUAGACAAGAAUGAUUGUCAGUUUGCAUAGUCCCUUACAGAGAAAAGAUGAGGUUUCGUUAGUUUCCAAAUGUUUUGCAAAGGUAAAAUGUUGGGAGUUUCUUUUCUGAAUACGUAAAGAAAUAAAGAAUCGCAGAGGAUGUACAUUGGUAAAUUUGUCUUGGUACCAACCUCAAUAAAGAAGCAACUGGUUGUGGA